AUGAGACUCUUGUGGAUGUUCCUCUUCCUUGGCUGUCUGUUUAACAAGAGCCACGUUUCAUCCAGCUACAGCUUAGGCUUUGGAAAUGGAGACAAUAGUGGGCUGUCUACAGAACUUCUCGCUGAUGAUAAAGGUGGAUACAUUGAUCUUGGAGCCAACAGUGACAAACUGGCUCCUCUGAGUAUUGCUUCAUCUGUAAAGGUCCCUGAAGUCAACCAGGACAGCGUGAGUGAACUUGAUAAUCUCAAGAUCACUGUUUCAGACUCCCUGGACACAAGUGGCAUCACCGGCCAAUUGUCAACACCUGUCCUCAACCAGGACAUCCUGAGCCAGGAAGGGCUGCUGAGCACGGUUCUUCUCAACAACCAGAAUCUAGCCCUGGAGAGAGAAGAGCUACUGACGCUCCUCCUCGGUGGCAGUAUAUCAUUUGGUAUCAAAAAUGACCUCCUGGAGGCAGCCGGGACCAAGGCUGUGGAAGGCCUGAUCUGCAAGGGCUCCCUGGGUGGCCUUUGUGGCCAUGGAAGUCUCUCUGGCAUGAAUGAUGUUCUGAAGAACAUGAAUUCUGGGAAACUCAAUAUCUGGCUCAAUGUCACCCGCUUCGAUAUUGUCCAAUUGUCAUGGAAGGUCUUUGCCUCAUCUAGCCUUGAACUUAAACUUCAGACCAAGUUGACCAUCAACUUUUCAGGAAUGCUCAAAUUUCUCAGUGGCUCCACAGUGGAUGUGAACAUCCUGGUCCCCUUGAAUUUGGAACAGACUGAGCCUGGUCAAGUCUCAUUUUCCGUGAAGAGCUGCAAAGCAGUAUUCACUGGGAUCCAAGUUGAGACAGGCAUGUUCUCCUCGAUGAUGGAAUCGAUGAUGAAAUGGUCCUUGAGCAUGUCCUUGCCCAACAUAUUAUGCCCAGUGGUCCGAUUCUGGUUUUACAUUGUCAACCAACAGUUGGUCAUCCUGAAAAAUAUCGCUUCCUUGGGGAUGUUGGGAGACAACAACCUGCCAAGUACCCCACAGCCUCUACUGUAUGAACGCUCUUACCACAUGGAUUUUAAGGACAAAAGCUUCCCGGCCUCUUUCAUCAACUGGCUGAUUAAAAGACCCUUGGUUUCUGAUGACUUUUAUCUGAUUGAGAGUAUUGGGACAUGUAGAGGGGAAAAAGAUCAGAACGUAGAGGAGUCUCCAGAAAAAUCCAAACUGUGA